AUGAUGAACCAGAAUAUAUAUUCUAAGAACGAUAUCACUUCAAAUUCACGAGGUAUUCUAUACAACACACCGGAAAUGACGUCCAUGAUAAUGGCAACAGAAAGCGUGCUUCCUCAGCAAAACAAUGCCUAUAUUCAAAACUACAAUUUCCCUGGUGCAAAUCGACAGGUGUUUGCAAGUUCAGCAAGAUAUCCGUCUUAUCAGCAAAGUGUCAGGGCGACACCUCCAACUCCUUUAAAGUUAUUUGAACAACAGGUCUAUCAGCCCUCCAUGCCCGUUGACUCUAGUCUUCGACUUUUCUGGACCACAGUUCUUCCUAGCGGAGGCACAAUGGAUGAAUUUGCCAUCGUGAAGGACGACGAAAUGGUGAUUUAUGUAGUAUCAGACCAAGUCCCUCUUCAUGGCAGACUUGACAAAUCGUCUACCCUCUUAGAUUUCACAGUCGGACACAUGGCUAUGAGGUUUGAUAUUGAUGGAACCAAUGGUCAAAUAUGUUUCGUGACUCACACAUCUGCCAAAUUCCAGAAGACCAAAGAGGCAUUACAGAGAAGGGCGAUGGCUCAGGUUGUGACCCUUGCUGAUCCCAUACAGUUGUAUGCUGAGCUGACCACUCAUGUUCCUCACCACAACCUACACACAGUCGGGGGAGCACAAUUCUACAAGUUCUGCAAGGCUGCCAUUAAGCAGGACAAUGUCUAUGAACUUGUAAUGGAACCAACCGGAAAUGUUGGCACCACAUCAUUUACCGGAUCAGGACUGGUUUACCCAACAGAACCCGGAUUGUCAGUGCCAAUUACAAUAAAUGUAGAGUCAAUGAUCAAUUUGAAGAACAAACGAUUUUAA